AUGUCCGACAGCAAACCCGCGGGGCGCACGGUGUUGGCGCUGACGAUCGCCAAGCCCUACAUCGACGAGAUCGAGCACGGGGUACGCGAGCUCACGUUCACGCCGACGGUGGUGGGACUUUUGGCCAACGACGACCCCGCCGCCAAGAUGUACGCCACCUGGACGGGGAAAACGUGCGAGGCGCACGGCUUCCGCUACCAGCUCCGCACCUGCGACAAGAACGACCUCGAGGCGGCGCUCGUGACGGCGAACCACGACCCCGACGUCCACGGGAUCAUGGUCUACUUCCCCGUGUUUGGCGACAACCAGGACCAGUAUCUCCAGCAGCUCAUCCUGCCCCAGAAAGACGUCGAGGGGCUCAACUUCCUCUACUACCACAACCUCUACCACAACGUGCGGUUUUUGGACCCCCCGCACAACGAGCAGAAGCUGAUCUUGCCGUGCACCCCGUUGGCGAUGGUCAAGAUCUUAGAGUACUUGGGGGUGUAUAACAAGAUUCUCCCCUACGGCAACCGGUUGUUUGGCAAAAAAGUGCUCAUCGUCAACCGGCUGGAGAUCGUGGGGCGGCCGUUGGCGGCGCUCCUCGCCAACGACGGCGCCACCGUGUACUCGGCCGACGUCAACGACAUCCAGCAGUUUACUCGCGGCGACGACCUCAGCCACACCCGCCACAAGGUCGUCGAGCUCGACCCCGAGGAAUACUCGGUGGCGACGGUGGCGCCGCGCUGUGACGUCAUCAUCACGGGGGUGCCGCUGGAAAACUACAAGUUCCCCACCGACCUCGUCAGCUACGGCACCACUGUGAUCAAUUUCUCGCUGGCGAAGAACUUUGACGACGACAUCAAGCUCCGCGCGGGGCUCUACGUGCCCCUGAUCGGCAAGGUCACCAUCGCGAUGUUGUUGCGCAACUUGUUGCGGUUGAUCGACAACCAGGCCAUCCGCGACCGCAAGGCCGAUAAGACAUGA